CACCACUAAAGCUACCAUGGCACUACCAGCUCUCCACACCUUCGAAGACUGCGCCGACUGGUCCAAGACGGUCCAGCCGUACUUUUCGCACCUGUACGAGCUCCCAAAUAAGCUUGUCGACGUCCUCCAAGGCCGCCAGGGGAUUGUCGAUGUAUAUACGCAGACGAACCCCCUCAUCUCUGGUUUUGCCAUCUCAGUCUUCUUCGGCGCGAUAUUUUUGGUCGUAGCAGAAUUCAAUAAGAACUAUUCCCAGGUCGACCGGUGCUGGAGCCUCUUACCAACGUUCUACAUUGCGCAUUUUGACCUCUGGGCCCGGCUGACCGGCGUGCCGAGUGCAAGGAUCGAUGCACUUCUUGCCUUUAGUGCAGUAUGGAGCGCCCGCUUGACGUAUAAUUACUGGCGAAAGGGUGGUUAUACCGUUGGAAGUGAGGACUACAGAUGGGACAUCAUCCGGGACACCAUCCCAGUCUGGGCGUUCAAGAUUCUGAAUGUCACCUUCAUCUCCUUCCAACAGAGCAUCAUUCUCUACGCCCUGGCUGCUCCUGUGUAUCCGAUCUUACUGAGCAUUCAGUUCCGACCUGAGCUCGACGCCACUGACAUGGCGUUCGUUGCCUUUGAGCUGGCCCUUAUCACUACUGAGUGGUUUGCAGACCAACAGCAAUGGGACUUCCAAAAUGCCAAGCAUGACUACCGGAAGACGGCCAAGCUUCCGCAGGGCUACCACGCCGAUGAUCUCAAUCGUGGCUUCAUCACCUCCGGCCUCUGGGCUUACAGUCGGCACCCAAACUUUGCCAUGGAGCAGGCGAUCUGGAUCUCGCUGUACGCCUUGAGCGCUUACAUCACAAACACAUUCUCGUACUGGGCUGCGGCAGGCGCUGUCAGCCUGAUCUCUAUCUUCUUCGGGUCGACGAUCCUCACAGAGUGGAUCACUGCUAAGAAGUAUCCAGAGUACACGGAGUACCAGAGGCAGGUAGGCAAGUUCAUCCCCCGGGGCGCCAACGGAUACCAGCCGCCGGUAAUUCCAGUCACGCCGGUGGCCAGGGCCGAGAAGAAGAAGCCGAUCAAGAAGAAAUAGGUGCAUGAGAAGUGCAUAGGGUCGAUUUUGUUUUAAAUGAAGGGUUGGACGUAUUACUUGGCCACAAUAUUUACGAAGUGGUGGAAUUAAUUUCUGGUGUCGAGCCCAGCUCAUAUUGGUGGUAUACGAUUUCACGGACAGACGCAAUCGAGCUGCAGUUCAGGCUUCGUACAGCACUGGCUAGUCGCAUGCCUUCAGAGGUCAACAUUUGUUGUCUCACUCUAUACUGAAUCACGGAUUGAGUCUUCUCAUAGCCGAAUCAACUCGUGUAAACUCAG